AUGAAGCUUCUCUCCUCGUUUGCCGCCGCUUAUCUGGCGGUUCAGGCGGCGGGUGCAGCUGUCUCCCCCAGGCCCAAUGGCUAUACCAUCACAGAGCACCCCGAUCUCGAGCAGCGGGCCCAGCUGCAAAAUAUCAUCACUUGGGACAACCAAUCGCUCUACAUAAAUGGAGAACGGAUUAUGAUUCUGAGCGGCGAGAUGCACCCGUACAGACUUCCCGUCUCGUCAUUGUAUCUCGAUCUGUUCCAGAAGGUCAAGGCCCUGGGUUUCAACUGCGUCUCCUUCUACGUCGACUGGGCCCUGCUGGAAGGAAAACCCGGAACCUACCGCGCUGACGGCAUCUUUGGCCUGGAACCAUGGUUCGACGCAGCUUCCAAGGCCGGAGUUUACCUUCUUGCUCGUCCUGGACCGUACAUCAACGCUGAAUCCUCUGGCGGUGGAUUCCCCGGAUGGCUGCAGAGGAUUACCGGUACACUUCGUACCAGAGCGCCUGACUAUAUGAAUGCCACGAAGAACUAUGCUACCAACGUUGCAGCUACCCUUGCCAAAGCCCAGAUCACCAAUGGCGGUCCCGUCAUCUUGUAUCAGCCCGAGAACGAAUACACCGGUUUCACCAAUGGCCAGCAGUUCGACCCCCAGUACAUGCAAGAUGUGAUGGACACGGCUAGAGCGGCUGGUAUUGUCGUGCCGUUUAUCAACAAUGAUGCUGCACCGGAUGGCCAUGAUGCACCGGGAUCUGGUGUGGGAGCAGUGGACAUUUACGGUCAUGACUCAUAUCCGCUAGGAUUUGACUGCGCGAAUCCAACCUCAUGGCCAAGCAAUGGCUUGCCCACGAAUUUCCGCCAGCUUCAUCUCGAACAGAGCCCGUCGACGCCGUAUUCCCUUGUCGAGUUCCAAGGCGGUGCAUUCGAUCCAUGGGGAGGAUCCGGGUACGACAAAUGCACGGCGCUGCUCAACCAGGAGUUUGAAAGGGUGUUCUACAAGAACAAUUUGGCCGCCGGCGUUGCGAUCAUGAACUUCUAUAUGAUCUUCGGUGGCACCAACUGGGGCAACAUCCCGUAUCCCGGAGUAUACACCUCUUACGACUAUGGCAGUGCCAUCUCGGAAUCUCGCAAUGUUACUCGCGAGAAGUACAGCGAGCUGAAGCUCUUCGCUAACUUUAUCCGAGCUUCUCCCUCCUAUCUGGACACUGUACCACAAAACGCCAGUACCGGAGUGUACACCGAUACGACCGAUCUGACGGUUACGCCGCUUGUUGGAAGAAGCUCUGCCUCGUCCUUCUACGUGGUGAGACAUACCGACUACACCAGUGAAGCGUCGACUAGCUACAAGUUGAAACUCCCGACCAGCGCUGGCCAAUUGACCAUCCCUCAGCUUGGGGGUUCUCUGACCCUUAAUGGACGCGAUUCCAAGAUUCACGUCACGGAUUAUGAUGUUGCCGGAACCAACAUUCUCUACUCCACGGCCGAGGUCUUCACCUGGAAGAACUUUACCGAUUACAAGGUUCUUCUUGUCUACGGAGGCCCGAAUGAGCAUCAUGAGCUUGCCAUCUCCUCGAAGGCAAACGUUUCCGUUGUUGAGGGAUCGUCGUCCGGUGUCACGAUCAAGUCACUAGACGGUACGGCCGUGAUUGGAUGGGAUGUGUCUUCCACUCGUCGCAUCCUGAAGGUGGACAAUCUUCUGGUAUUUUUGCUCGAUCGCAACUCUGCCUACAAUUACUGGGUUCCUGAGCUUUCGACCAAUGGCCCGACACCCGGCUUUAGCUCCCCGGAGACAACUGCGAACUCAAUUGUCGUCAAGGCUGGAUACCUCGUGCGCACCGUGUAUCUCCAGGGUAGUGAGCUGCACCUCACGGCGGACUUCAACUCGACCACGCCGGUGGAAGUCAUCGGAGUACCCAAGACCGCCAAGAGUCUCUACAUCAACGGUGCCCAGUACAAGCCAACCGUCAACGCGAACGGAUUCUGGAGCACCACCGUCACAUAUGACAGUCCAGACAUCAAGCUUCCAAGCCUGAAGGACUUGGAGUGGAGAUAUGUCGAUUCCCUGCCGGAAAUCCAGCCGUCCUACGAUGACUCCGCCUGGGUGGCAGCGGACCACAAGACGACCAACAACAGCGUCGCUCCUCUGAAGACCCCCACGUCGCUGUACGCGUCUGAUUACGGGUUCCACACGGGGUCUCUUAUCUAUCGAGGCCACUUUGUGGCGACGGGCAACGAGACCACCUUUACCGUGCACACCCAGGGUGGCAGUGCCUUUGGCAGUUCGGUGUGGUUGAACCAGACGUACCUGGGCUCGUGGACUGGUGACUCGGCCUCCAGCGACAACAACUCUACGUACAAACUUCCGAAACUCAGUGCGGGCAAGCCCUACGUGCUGACUGUUGUGGUUGACAACAUGGGUCUUGAGGAGGACUGGACAGUCGGCAGCGAGCAGAUGAAGGAGCCUCGCGGCAUCCUCGACUAUCAGCUCAGUGGACGCAGCCAGAGCGCCAUCAGCUGGAAGUUGACUGGCAACCUGGGCGGCGAAGACUACCAGGAUCUCGUGCGGGGACCUCUCAACGAGGGCGGACUGUACGCGGAGCGUCAGGGCUGGCACCAGCCGGAACCUCCCAGCCAGCAGUGGAAGUCGUCCAGCCCGCUGGAGGGCAUCUCGCAGGCCGGCGUGGGAUUCUACAGUGCGUCAUUCGACCUGAACAUCCCGAGCGGGUGGGACGUGCCGCUGUACUUCACCUUUGGCAACACGACGACGCCGCCGGAGGCAUACCGGGCGCAGCUCUACGUGAACGGGUACCAGUUCGGCAAGUACGUCAACAACGUCGGUCCGCAGACGGCGUUCCCGGUGCCGCAGGGAAUUCUGAACUACCAGGGAACGAACUGGGUCGCGGUAACGCUGUGGGCGCAGCAGUCCGAGGGGGCGAAGUUGGACAAUUUCGAGUUGGUGGCAGAAACGCCUGUGCUGACGGCGUUGACGGGGAUCACAUCGUCGCCGCAGCCAAAGUAUACGAAGCGUGAGGGGGCGUACUAG